AGGACGCCUAUAAAAUCCGGAUCCGCAUCGAUGACGAGCCUGCCAACCUGGACAUUCUGGACACGGCAGGGCAGGCAGAGUUCACAGCCAUGAGGGACCAGUACAUGAGGGCAGGGGAAGGGUUCAUCAUCUGCUACUCCAUCACGGACCGGCGCAGCUUCCACGAGGUGCGCGAGUUCAAGCAGCUCAUCUACCGCGUGCGCGUGUCCAAGGAGGAGGGCUCUGCCCUGGCCAGGGAGUUCAGCUGCCCCUUCUUCGAGACCUCGGCCGCCUUCCGCUACUACAUCGACGACGUGUUCCACGCGCUGGUGCGCGAGAUCCGCCGCAAGGACCGGGAGGCCGCCGCCGCCAUGGAGAGGAAAUCCAGGCCCAAGAGCAGCGUCUGGAAAAGGCUCAAGUCCCCCUUCAGGAGGAAGAAGGAUUCGGUCACUUGAACAGCGGAUUUCUCUGCAGAGCAGGACAGAAGCUGUGACCUUUUGCAGCCACGGGAGCUCGGUGACACCGCUGAGGGGACGUGGGACACCUGAGGGGUUGUGAGGGAGGGAAUGCCUAACCCUGCCCGUUGUGUGUGUUUAGAACCAUUCCUGCCUUGAUCCUGGGCGUUGGACUUCUCACCCAGCACCAGUUGUAUUUGUUUGUUGUCAUUUUAUUUCACUGCACCCACCAGGUCACCAAAGGCCCUGGGUUGGUGGCCCUGCAGUUUGGUUUGUGCUUGGUCACAGCAGAGGAGCUGAACUGUGCCAAACAUUCCCAGAGUUGGACGCAGCCUAUCUGAAUCUGGGGUUUUUUCCUGGUGGAAAAAAGGAUUUUGCUGCUCCCUGCAAUGACAGCCCACAGUGUGAGAGGCUGAGCAAAGUGUCGUGGCCUUGGAGGUCACUGAAUUCCUUUUGGGACAGAUUUCUUUCCAGCAAAAUGGAAUCUCUGUGUGCAACUUCACCCCAGUGAUCAGUGCUGCAGGUGGGAAUUCAACAAACCAGAAUAAUCCCAGAAUCGUUUCAUCUGGAAAGGUCCCUGUCAGCACAGCCAGGCCCUCAAACAGCUCCAGGUGGGUUGGUGGCCCUGCACUUUGGUUUGUGCUUGGUCACAGCAGAGGAGCUGAACUGUGUAAAACUUUACUGGAAUUGGACCCAGCCUGGCUGAAUCUGGGGUUUUUCCUGGUGGAAAAAAGGAUUUUGCUGCUCCCCACAAUGACAGCCCACAGUGUGAGAGGCUGAGCAGUGUCGUGGCCUUGGAGGCCACCAGAUUUCUUUUGGGACAGAUUUCCUUCCAGCAAAAUGGACAUGGAAUCCUUGUGUGAUCAGUGCUGUGGGUGGGAAUUCAACAAACCAGAAUAAUCCCAGAAUCAUUUCAUCUGGAUAGAUCCCUGUCAGCACAGCCAGGCCCUCAGACAGCCCAGGUGGGUUGGUGGCCCUGCACUUUGGUUUGUCCUUGGUCACAGCAGAGGAGCUGAGCUGAAACAUUGCUGGAGUUGGACCCAGCCUGGCUGAAUCUGGGGUUUUUCCUGGUGGAAAAAAGGAUUUUGCUGCUCCCCACAGUGUGAGAGGCUGAGCAGUGUCAUGGCCUUGGAGGUCACCGAAUUCCUUUUGGGACAGAAAUAUUUCUUUCCAGCAAAAUGGACGUGGAAUCUUUCUGUGCAACUUCACCCCAGUGAUCAGUGCUGUAGGUGGGAAUUCAACAAACCAGAAUAAUCCCAGAAUCAUUUAAUCUGGAAAGAUCCUUGGAUCAGUGAGCCAGCACCAUUUGGUCACCACAGCCAGGCCCUCAGACAGCCCAGGUGGGUUGGUGGCCCUGCCCUUUGGUUUGUCCUUGGUCACAGCAGGAGCUGAACUGUGCAAAAAUUCCAUCCUUGCUGAUUCUGGGUUUUUCCUGGUGGAAAAGAGGAUUUUGCUGCUCCCCACAGUGUGAGGGGCUGAGCAGUGUCAUGGCCUUGGAGGCCACCAGAUUUCUUUUGGGACAGAUUUCUUUCCAGCAAAAUGGAAUCUCUGUGUGCAACUUCACCCCAGUGAUCAGUGCUGCAGGUGG